UAUGUUUUUUUGUGAAAUUUAUGUAAUAAGAAAACAAUAAAACAACAGUCAUAAUUCGGGCUUAAAUGUCCAUUAGAUGAUAUUUAUCAGUACGCGCUACACCGUUCCUAGUUGUUUGAUACCUGUACAUAUAUUUUAUAAAUAAAAUUCAAAAUUUCCCUUCAAAAUAGUUUUAUUUUAGUCUCUCGUUGCCAUCUGCGUUUGGAAAACAUAUCCAUGUGCGGUAAAUUGUUUUAGUGGCUGGCUCCAAUGGGUGUAUACUGGCAGCCCUCUCGUUUGAUCGUGAUAGUUGAAAAGAUUUUCUUAUACUUAAACUUGAUGCCUAAGUACAACCCGGGGGAGUGCAAAACAAAAGUGAUUAUUCCGCCCGAUGGAGGCCUACUCGCCUGGUUCAACGUCACCUUAGCGUUUUUACAGAACUGCUUUAUCCACCCGAUUGCCCUCUGCUACUACGCUACUGUGGAUUUCAAAACUUACGGCAUCUUCGGAGCGAUCUUCGUCGGGCUUCGAGUCAUGUUUGUUCCAAUUGCUAGUGCUAUAAGUAAUUGUCAUGGAUUUCGGAUAGUAAGCUUCAUAGGAUCAGUGAUCAUUUUCGUGAGCUUCACCCUAUGUUUUUUUGUAGGCGAUGGCAUCUUAAGUGGGUUUUUGUUUAGCAUAGGAGGUGUUUUAGGUCUCGGAAGUAGUAUGAUUUACAGUUGUGCAUUUGUCCUUCCGAAUCUUUGGUUCUCAAGGAAAAGAGUGAUUGUCAAUUUUGUUUCGUCAAUGGGAAAGCCGAUCGGCACACUCAUAACGCCUUGGUUGAUCGAACUGAUCAUAAAGAAGGAUGACUACAACGAGCCAAUCAAAUACACUCUUCUUUAUUUAGGAUUGGGCUGUAUUCCUCUACUGAUAAUGUCAUUCUUCAUGGGAAACAUAGCAGGAUCGAAUAUAAAGAUAACUAAAUCGCAUCGAAAAACAGGAACAAAAAAAGUUACGUUCCAUGAUUACGAAGAAGCCGAUUACCUGGCUUCAAAUUUGGAUCAGCUCGAGGAAUCCUGUGCCUACAAGAUAUUCAACGUACACAACAAUCUAUGCUAUCCUUCUGUUCAAGACAUAGUUGGACUUAACGCUAUAGAAGCUACAAUCAGUUCACGUUAUCAAAUGAGCUGUAUAGAUUAUCCGAUGAAACGCCAGCCAAAUCCGUUCUGCUAUCAGAACAUCACGCUCGUCAUGAACCCAUCAGUUGUGCGGUCCGGCGCGCGGCCUUUUUACAGAACUGACAUAUUCUUCGAGGGGAACAUAGGAAAAUUGACUAAAUACAGGACACAGGAGACCCAGCUUGAUUAUCACAUGGGGAUGACCAGAGCGCCAACAGCCAUGGAUUUGAUGCAAGAGGAAGAAAGGAAAUGCAGGAGGGAAGCUUUCUUCAGAGUCCUCGUUACAAUGUGGGAUUUUUCGAUUUUGAAAUGUCCAUCGAUUAUGUUGAUAAUGGUCGUCAUGUCCACCUCAACGAUAGGAUUUCAUACGCCGUACAUCCUGCUUAAAGAAAGAGCCAUCAACUUGGGAUAUUCCUUCCGGACGUCUCUAUAUUUUUAUUUCUUUUUUGGAUUUGGAAACUUGUUCGGAAAACUUAUGGGAUCUAUGCUGUUGAUAUUUGUUAAUAUGUUUACGGAAGAAAUAUUUUACGCGCAUAUAUUAUUUCUUGGAGGAGUGGCUUCAAUAGCUAGCAACUUUACAGACAAGUAUUAUUAUCACGUCUGCUAUUCUGUCCUGCUAGGCGCCAUAGGAGGUUUGAGCAAUUUGCGUUUGACGAUUAUUUUCAACGCAGCGGGAUUGGAUAAUUUGACGAACGUCAUGGGCGUUUACUCCUUCUUCGAUGGUAUGUCUGCAUUCCUCGGGAUCGCAUUUGCCGUCCUUUUGAAGAUCACGAUUGGUUCCUACGCAUGGAUUUACACUAUAUUCGGUUCCUUCCUUAUCCUGUCGGCCAUUCUUCUGUAUCCAGCACGACUUGUAAAGAUGUUAGUGAGAAAUAAACGUAUAAUUUAUGUCUAUAAUUUUGGUAUGGUAUCCACCAAAGUGGAGAAGUCGAGGGCCAAUGACGAUACCGAAAGGUACUCUCAUCUCGUCGCCGUCCCACCGGAUAAAGGCUAUGGCUGGGUAAUAAUUUUCGCGUGUUGCUUCGGCAACUUUUGCAUGGAUUCAGUGUCCCUCAGUUUUGCCAUGAUCUCGCCAAACAUCACCAAGUCAUUCGGAUACUCUCCCAGCCUGGUGUCCUGGCUCAUUUCCGUUUUCAACGCAUUCCUCUAUUGUAUGGGUCCCAUAGCAAGUGGUCUUGUGAACAGAUAUGGAUUCAGGGCAAUGAUGUUCCUGGGAUCAUCAUUAGCAGCAGCUUCGUUUUCAAGUUGUUACUUCUUUGAAAACAUUUAUGCACUUUUUGGGUGUUAUUCCGUGUUAGCAGGAAUUGGUGUAUCAUUCCUUUAUAUGACGAUCAUGACCUGCCCAGGAUUUUGGUUUGAGAAAAAACGUACAUUGGCAAUGGGAAUAUCAAGCUGUUCAACUGGUGCUUCUUGCCUUAUAAUACCACUUGUUUCAGAGUAUGUUCAUGAAUAUUGGAAAUGGAAUUAUCUCUUUUUGAUAGAAGGAGGAUUGUUUACUGUUUCAAUGUUUUUAUCACUUCUCCUUCGGAAGCCGCCCAUGGUAGUAGUGGAGUUGACAGAAGAAAAGCCAGAAGGUGUUCGGCAGUCUAUUAUAAACGUCAAAAAUAUUGCUCCUUAUACUGGAAUGGAAAGAAGGCAUGAUUCCAUUGCUUCAUCAGUUGCUCAGAGACCAAGAAUAAAGAAAUUGUCAUAUACAUCAGUAAUUGAAAUGCCUGAAACGAAAGCGACUUUAAAAGAACUUUGGUUCAAAAUUUGUUGCUGCAAAUAUCCAGAAAAGUUGGUCUCCAGGCCAAUGUACAAAGAAGAUAUAUUUUAUCAAUCUGAGGUUUCUCGCCUUAUGGUAACAAGGAAUGUAGGAUCUCAAGAUUUAGCUAUGUCAUUGAUGCGUUUUCCUUCAAGAAAAGAUAUUUUAGAAGAGCAAGAAUAUAAAUGUACACUGUGCCCUGAAGCAAUUGUAAAACCACUUAAGGAAAUGCUUGCAUUUAGUCUUUUAAAGAAUGAAGUCUACCUUUUACUCCUAGGAGCAAGCUUUUGCUAUUAUUUUGGUAUUUUCAUACCAUUCAUCUACCUUAAAAGGACAUAUAUCCAAAAAGGUAUUGAUGAGACUAUCAGUACAUUUUUUGUCCCAGCGCUGGGAUUUGGUGUUACGCUAGCAAGAUUAACUGUAGGUCUUUUGCUAAUGUGUACCCCUGCUCUGCACGCUAUUCAUGUAGUAUCAUUUGGGAUGGUUUCUGCAGGUGUAGUUUACUUGUUAAUGACACUUUAUGCAAAUACUUGGUAUUUAAUCUGUACCUCUUUCCUCUUAGGAAUGUGUGCAGGUGUGUUCAUUCCACUAAGGAGCAUGUUAUAUGUAGAGUAUCUAGGUUUAGAAAAUUUGACAAGAGCAAUGGGAUUUACUUUUACUAUUCAGGCUGCAGGAUCAUUUAUAGGUGUACCACUAGCAGAAAUGUCAAGAUCUGUACUGAAUGAUUUCUAUGCCACAAAUUAUGUUGGAGGUUCUGCCUUGAUGGCUGGUGGUAUAUUCUUCAUUCUUGUACAUUUCGCUGCAAAACGGCAGAGAGCCACCACUAAAACAAAGAAAGGUGCCUUUAUCCCACCAUCUCCAAAAGGAGCUAUAAAGGGUGAAUUAAAGGUGGACAAGAUUAUUAGGACAAUGGUUAAAGAUAAAUAAAAUUGAAUGCUAUACAAGAAAUAAAAAUAAAGUUUUAGAAAA